AUGGAGCCAACAUGGAAGCAACGAUUGAGACAAAAAGGAUUUUACCAUGACGACCGAAAAUUACAAGAUUUCUUUAUUGAUGAUAGUAAUUUGAACAAUGACUUCAGUCAUAUAUUUCAAAUUUCUCAAAAAGGACAACUUGUUAUUAAUCAUGUGAUAAAUGUAUCGAAUAAACUCUAUUCUCGUGGUGGUAAAAGUGGAGAAGGUUAUAUUGAUAUUAAAGAAGUUCUUAAUCUAUUAUCAUCAAUUAAUGAUCAUUAUCCUCAUUUCUAUACUGAAGAAGAACGUGUACUUCUAUUUCAAAAUGCUAAUAAUAUUCAACAACGAAUGAGAGUAAAAGUAUCUGCAGCAUAUCUUAAACAUGCACUUAAUAUACCAGCCAAUGCAAAACAUCCAAAUCCAAUAUUACCAAAAAUUGAAGAAAUUAAAGAUAUUACUGGAGAAAAUGAUCCAUCGAAUCAAAAUCGUUUUUCUUUUAUACCUGGUUUGUUACAUAAAUAUGAAAUGCUUUUAGCAUAUGUUUCUAUUAAUUGUUCAUCUCACUGCAAAUAUUGUUACAGAUUGGACUUAUUUUCAGGUAUAUCAGAUAAAGAAAAAGCAAACAUGUUACAAGUAGCAUCCUAUAUAAAAACAUUUAAUAGUCUUAUUGAUAAAGUUAAACAAGAGGAUAGUUAUUGGGAUGAGAAAACUCGAAUAUGGGUUCAUAAAAAAUCUGGUGAAGCUUUAUUUCAUAUUCGUGAAAUUCUUUUUUCCGGUGGUGAUCCAAUGAAUUUACCUAAUAGUACUCUUAUACGAUAUAUGGUUUUAACGGCUGAAGCUGGUAUAAAAACUAUCCGAAUUGGUACGAAAGAAUUAGUAUUUAAUCCUGACAGAUUUGAUGAUGAUUUUUGGAAUGCAUUAGAUCUAUUUCAUAAAUACUAUAAUGAUGUGCGUAUAGAAUUUGUAGGACAUUAUGUACAUCCAUAUGAAUUAAUAGAUGCAAAGACGAAUGCACAAGGUGAAUAUGAAUAUGAUAUUUAUGCAGAAUAUCAUGUUCGUGAGAAUAUCAAACCUGUAUUAAAUGCAAUGAAUGAACGUAGAACUUGGAUUGGACAUAUUAAUCAAUUUCCUAUAAUUGCUGGAAUCAAUGAUUCUCCUGAUGUAUUACGAUUACUUAUGUAUUGGACAAAUAGAUUAUCUAUUACAAUGCAUAAUAUAUAUGCAUGUCGAGAAAUUUUUGGUCAUAAAUAUUUUCGUCAAGAAAAUACAAUUGAUGUACAGUAUAAACUAGUUGAACAAGCAAAACUUGGCCUUUCCGGAAUAGAAAAUCAUGGUCGUCUUAUUAUGUCAACAGAAUAUGGUAAAAUGGAAGUAAUUGGAUUUGAAAAAAAUUCAGUAUUAUUAAGAAUAAAUCGUUUUAUGCAUGGAAAAAAAUAUGAUAAUUCAUUGAUUAAAAUUGAUUUAAAUAAAUUAAAACCUGAACAGAAAUUUUAUUGA